AUGGGUUCUCCUAUGGGGACAGCCACAGAGCGUUGGAACCAGAAAGGGUUCUCCUAUGGGGACAGCCACAGAGCGUUGGAACCAGAAAGGGUUCUCCUAUGGGGAGAGAUGCAGAGCGUUGGAACCAGAAUGGGUUCUCCUAUGGGGACAGCCACAGAGCGUUGGAACCAGAAAGGGUUCUCCUAUGGGGACAGCCACAGAGCGUUGGAACCAGAAAGGGUUCUCCUAUGGGGAGAGAUGCAGAGCGUUGGAACCAGAAUGGGUUCUCCUAUGGGGACAGCCACAGAGCGUUGGAACCAGAAAGGGUUCUCCUAUGGGGACAGCCACAGAGCGUUGGAACCAGAAAGGGUUCUCCAAUGGGGAGAGAUGCAGAGCGUUGGAAUCAGAAUGGGUUCUCCUAUGGGGACAGCCACAGAGAGUUGGAACCAGAAAGGGUUCUCCUAUGGGGACAGCCACAGAGCGUUGGAACCAGAAAGGGUUCUCCUAUGGGGACAGCCACAGAGCGUUGGAAACAGAAAGGGUUCUCCUAGGGGGACAGCCACAGAGCGUUGGAACCAGAAAGGGUUCUCCUAUGGGGACAGCCACAGAGCGUUGGAACCAGAAAGGGUUCUCCUAUGGGGACAGCCACAGAGUAUCAGGGUGGACGGGCCUUCCCACGGUGCAUUGCAGUAUGAGGUGAUCCAGGCAGUGGAGCGAGGGCCAAUCCAACGGGACAUGGCCUUCUCCCCCGACCACCACUUCCUAUAUGCCAUGUCAGAGACACAGAUGACGAGGGUACCCGUGGAAGCCUGUGGCCAGUACUCCACCUGCAGCGAGUGUCUGGGCUCAGGAGACCCUCACUGUGGCUGGUGUGUCCUGCACAACAUGUGCACCAGGAAGGAGAACUGCGAGCGCUCGGCCGAGCCCCGGAGGUUCGCCUGGGACAUCAAGCAGUGCGUCCGCCUCAGCGUCCACCCCAGCAACAUCUCCGUGUCCCAGUUCAGCGUCACGCUGAUCCUGGAGGCCCAUAACGUCCCAGAGUUGUCUGCAGGGGUUAACUGUACCUUUGAGGACCUGGCUGAGAUGGACGGCCUGGUGGAGGGGAACCGCAUCAGGUGCAGCUCGCCUGCCGAGAAGGAGGUGCCUCGCAUUAUCGUAGACAAAGCUGAUCACCAGAUAGUUCAGCUCUACCUCAAGUCCAAGGAGACAGGCCUGGUCUUCGCCAACACCAGCUUUGUCUUCUACAACUGCAGCGUCCACAAGUCGUGUUUGUCAUGUGUGAGAAGCCCCUACCAGUGCCACUGGUGUAAAUACAGACAUGACUGCACCCACGACCCACGCACCUGCUCCUUCCAGGAGGGACGCGUCAAGAAGCCAGAG